AUGCUACAACGGGUUCCCGUGCGCGUUCCCGUGCGCGUUGGCCGACCGCGAAGGCUCGGGAUAGGGACCCCCGAUGCCGCCGACGUCACUGACGCCGACACCGACGCCCAACCCGACGAGGGCACGCCGGCGAAGAAGCCCCUGUCCUUCCUGCUCUCCUUCUUCGCCAUCAACAUCCUGGUCUUCCUCUACUCGCUAGACGCCACCAGUCUUGCCGUCGCGAUUCCGGCGAUCGCGUCCGAGCUCCACGGCACGACGCUCGAGUCCUUCUGGGCCGGCAUCGCGUACUUCCUCGGCCUCGUCGUCAGCCAGCCGCUGUACGCGAGCGUGUCCGACGUCUUCGGCCGCAAGCCGCCCCUCUACUUCGCAUUCCUGCUCUUCUUCGCCGGGUCCCUCACCUUCUCGCUCGCCCGCAACAUGGCCGCCAUCAUCGCCGGCCGCAUCAUCCAGGGCCUCGGCGGCGGCGGCCUCGACGUCCUCGGCGAGAUCAUCGUCGCCGACAUGACCUCCCUCCGCGAGCGCCCCCUCUACCUCGGCAUCAUGGCCCUCCCCAUCGCCAUCGGCAGCAUCAUCGGCCCCACCAUCGGCGCUCUGUUCAGCGACUUCGUCACCUGGCGCUGGAUCGGCUGGAUCAACUUGCCUUUCCUCGGCAUCGCUUGCCCCCUGCUCGUCUUCUUCCUCCACCUGCGGCCCCUCGACGGCUCGCUCGCCGACAAGGCCUCGCGCCUCGACUGGGGCGGCAUGGCCCUCUUCACCGUCGGCUGCACCGUCUUCGUCCUGCCCCUGAGCUGGGCCGGCGCGCUGUUCGCCUGGAACUCGUGGCAGACCAUCCUGCCGCUGCUGCUCGGCGCCGCCGUCCUCGUCGUCUUCGCCUUCUACGAGUCGCGGCCCGAGUCGCCUGUCGUGCCGCACAAGCUCUUCCGCUCGCGCACGCUUACCGCGACGCUGUGCGGUGCCUUCCUGCACGGCGCCGUGCUCUACGUGCUGCUCCAGUACCUGCCGCUCUUCUUCCAGGCGGUCUCGCUCGAAUCGCGCAUCGGCGCCGCGCUCUUGCUGCUGCCGACCUGCGUCAUCUCCGUGGUGACCGCGAUCGCCUCCGUCAUCGCCAUCGGCCCCGGCCUCGCCGGCUACCGCUACCGCAUCUGGGCCUCCUGGGCCCUCGUCACCCUCGGCACCAGCCUCCUCGCCCUCAUGAACGCCGACUCCUCGGACCACCUGCUGCGCGGCGUCCCCGUCAUCUGGGGCGCCGGCAUCGGCGCGUUGCUGCGCCUCCUCCACUUGCCGCUGCAGGCGAGCGUGCCCGACGUCAACGACACGGGCCACGCCAUCGCGCUGCAGCUGACGUUCCGGUGCCUAGGCGGGCUCGUCGGGCUCGCCGUGGGGUCGACCAUCUUCAGCAGCACGUUCGCGCCGGCGAUCGCGUCGGCCGCGGCCCGGCUCGGCGGCGACGCGCCGGCGGGGCUCGCGCCGCUGCUCUUCGGCGGCACCGGCGGCGCCGACGGCUCGGCCCACGACGCCAUCGCCUUCAUCCCGGCGCUGCGCGAGCUCGGCCUGCCGCCCGCGACCCUUGCGCCCGUCCUCGGCGCGUACCUCGCCGCCAUGCGCGCCGUCUUCUACGCCAUGAUCGGCUUCGCCGGCCUCGGCCUGCUCACGUCGCUGCUCACGCAGGAGUUCAGCCUCAACCGCAUCGACCGCGGCCGCCAGCGCUUCGAGGCGUGAACGCUUGCCAUGCUUCAUAGGUGCCGCGCCUAUAGGCACCGCAUCCCACCAUACGAUGCACACGCAUACGGGCGGGCUGGCGCUAUCUCGAUCGACUCGGUUCGCAACCGCGACGCACGAAGGGACGAAGGGACGACAAAGAAAAGAAGGCGGUGAGGGGACGGUAGAAUAUAAAGCUUACGGUACAUACAUAUGCGUAGUCUAGACACUGCAUACGGUCAUAAUAAUGCUAAUAGAUCCCACACACACGACACGAUGACACCUCCCAUGCCAUGCCACGCCGUGCUUUGCUGCGAUAUGCUGUAGCCGUACCGUGCCUGUCCGUCGCGUCAUCACCAACUACGUAGGCACGCACGUGGAAUAGGGGAGGAGAGUUCGCGACACGCCGUCUGCCAGGUCGGCGCGUCGGAACCGCCGAGAAAUAGGAGGCGACCGAGUUUAAGGGGGGAGGGGGCCGGGCGAACUACCUUCCACGUCGACUAGAAUCGGCAUGCCCUUGCUGCACAUCGCUCGCGACCGUCCCCCGUCUCAAGACUCCGCAGCCGGCGUCCGCCCUCGGCGCAAAUAAUGGGACGGAGCCGCGUCAUGGGAGGAAACGUCCCCUCCCCUUCCCCCCGCGCCCUCCAGCUUUCGCCCAAGGUUGUCCCUACGCCACGACUCCGCGACCGCUAGUACCCGCCG